GAAUGCAUCAGCUGUUAGAUCAGGUUGCAGUCAUAUGACACACAGAGCGUCUCACUUCCUCAAACUUUCUCAGUUCAUCCCACCGUGUGUGCUGCUGUUCGCCACUCAUAACCCUCGUCUGCUUGACACCGUUUCUCCAGGCAGACAGGUUGCGGGUUUGGUCUGGUUUUGUCCUCAUGGCGAGCUCGCGUGUGGCGUCCACCUGUCUAUUUGUCGCGCUUCUCACCUGCACGCUCAGGUGUUCACAAUGCGUCAAACUGAGCAACAUCAUCCUCAUUCUCACCGACGACCAGGAUGUGGAGAUGGGGGGAAUGACGCCCAUGAAGAAGACCAAAGCACUGAUCGGUGAUGCUGGUGUGACUUUCUCCAAUGCUUUCACUGCCACCCCUCUGUGCUGUCCCAGUCGCAGCAGCAUCCUCACUGGGAAAUAUCCACACAAUCAUUUGGUCCGAAAUAACUCCAUCUCUGGCAACUGCAGCGGCACAGUGUGGCAGAAGGAGGCCGAGCCCUUCGCCUUUCCGGUUUACCUCAAUAAGAUGCGCUACCAGACCUUCUACGGCGGGAAAUACUUGAAUCAGUAUGGAAGUAAAGACGCAGGCGGUGUGGGUCAUGUGCCUCCUGGCUGGGACCAAUGGCAUGCACUGGUGGGAAACUCUAAAUAUUACAAUUACACACUGUCUGUGAAUGGAAAAGAGGAAAAACAUGGAGACAACUAUGAGAAGGACUAUCUCACAGAUCUGGUUUUGAACCGCUCGCUGCAUUUCCUGGAGGAGCGGAGCCCCAAUCACCCGUUCUUCAUGAUGUUGUGUCCGCCGUCUCCUCAUUCGCCGUGGACGGCCGCCCCUCAGUAUCAGCAGUCCUUCAGCGACGUCAAAGCUCCACGAAACGGCAGCUUCAACAUGCCUGGAAAGGACAAACAUUGGUUACUACGGCAGCCUGCGAAUCCAAUGCCAAACAGCUCCGUUGAGUACCUCGACAACGCUUACCGCAGGAGGUGGCAGACGCUUCUGUCAGUGGAUGAUAUGGUGGAGCAGCUGAUUAAGAAACUGGAUUCAAUAAAGGAGUUGAGCAACACGUACAUCUUCUACACGUCUGAUCACGGCUAUCACACCGGCCAGUUCUCAUUGCCCAUUGACAAGAGACAGCUGUACGAGUUUGAUAUUCGCAUCCCUCUUUUAGUUCGGGGUCCAGGAAUCAAACCUAAACAAACACUUCAGUCUCCAGUGCUGAAUAUAGAUCUUUCGAUGACUAUCCUGGACAUCGCAGGAGUAAAUCUCUCCACCGUCAACAUGGACGGACAGUCUUUCCUGCCACAGAUGGCACCAUCGUUGCGUAACGGCACCGAACGGCCCUUCUUCCUGGUUGAGUACACCGGUGAGGGACAUUCCUCUGAAGAUCCCAGCUGCCCUAAACUCGGCCCUGGACUAGCUGAGUGCUUCCCAGACUGCGUAUGCGAAGACGCCUUCAACAACACGUACGCCUGCGUCAGAGCUCUGAAGGAUGCAAACCUGCAGUACUGCGAGUUCGCAGACAACGAGUCGUUCGUAGAGGUGUACAACCUGACGUCAGAUCCCCAUCAGCUGGAGAACAUCAUGAAGAAGGUCGAUCCUACGCUUCUGCAGAUCAUGAACCAAAGGCUGAUCAAGCUGCAGUCCUGCACGGGUGACAGCUGUCGAAACAUCAAAUAAAACUGUGGCAGAGGGAGGGCCGGACCCCAGCCCUGCUCUGAAAGCCCAUCUCUAGCAGCGAACGCCA